AUGUCUUCCCCCUCAACAAAUACCCUGAAGAUAGGCAUUAUAGGUUUUGGCCCUUUUGCACAGUUCCUGUCAAAAACCAUGGUAAAACAAGGCCAUUCCAUCAGGGCCACAUCAAGAUCAGAUUACACAGACCUCUGCACUCACUUGGGCAUCCUAUUUUUCAGAGAUAUGACUGCAUUUCUUGAAUCAAACAAUGAUGUCAUACUGCUGUGCACAUCAAUCCUGUCUGUGUCACAAGUCAUCAAGUCAAUUUCAUUCCAUUCCUUGAAACAGCCCGCCCUUUUCGCCGAUGUACUCUCAGUUAAAGAGUACCCAAGAGACCUGCUGCUACAAGUCGUGCCUCAAGAUUCGGAUGUGCUUUGCACUCACCCGAUGUUCGGGCCAGAGAGUGGGAAAGAUGGGUGGAAAGACCUGACUUUUAUGUAUGAUAGAGUUCGAAUAAGAAAUGAAGUAACAUGCUCCAGUUUCCUUCAGAUUUUUGCAAGUGAGGGUUGCAGAAUGAUGGAAAUGAGCUGUGAAGAGCAUGAUAAACUAGCUGCAAAAAGUCAAUUCCUCACCCACACUAUUGGCAGGGUCUUGUCUGAAGUAGGAAUUGAACCAACAUCAAUAGACACAAAGGGAUUUCAGAAGCUCGUUCAAGUGAAGGAGAGCUCAACAAGAGACAGUUUUGAUCUGUUUUGUGGCUUGUUUAUCUAUAAUAGGUUUGCCAGACAACAGCUCAAUAACCUAGAACUUGCUUUAGAGAGCGUCAAGCAACAGCUAAUAAAGAGGAUGAAUGACGAGCUGGAUCAGAGCACAUACACACCUUAUAACGGAUAG